AUGUUCAGACUGGUGCAAGUUAACUUCACUAUCAUAAAUACCUCCUCCACUGGUGCCAGAGGGAAGCUGGGUCUUCCAGUCCUGUACAAACAGUGCUCUGAAUUGCUGAGCGGCACACUUUUAAACCUAGAUGCCACAGCAGUUGCAAAACCAGAGGUUUGUACUGAUAGCAAGUGUUCUGAAUAUGGCCCUAAAGAGCUUGUCCAUGGUCAUGCUGAGCUUGAAGUAGAACAGAAAGUUGACCCUGCGGGGGAGGAGUGCAGCUGGGCCGGCCUCUUCUCCUUCCAGGACCUGCGGGCUGUGCACCAGCAGCUGUGCUCGGUGAACUCGGAGCUGGAGCCCUACCUGCCUGCCUUCCCCGAGGAGCCCUCGGGCAUGUGGACGGUGCUUUUUGGAGCCCCGGAGCUAUCCGAGCAGGAGAUGGACGCGCUCUGCUACAAACUUCAAGUUUACCUGGUCCACAGCUUGGAUACCUGCGGCUGGAAGAUCCUUUCGCAGGUCCUCUUCACUGAGACUGACGACCCCGAAGAGUAUUAUGAGAGCCUGAGUGAGCUGCGACAGAAGGGGUACGAGGAGGUGCUGCAGCGGGCCCGCAGGCGAAUCCAGGAGCUUCUGGAAAAACAUAAGAACACGGAAAGCAUGGUAGAGCUGCUUGAACUGUAUCAAAUGGAAGAUGAAGCCUACAGUAGUCUUGCAGAAGCUACCACAGAGCUCUACCAGUACUUACUACAGCCAUUCCGAGAUAUGAGGGAACUUGCAAUGCUUAGAAGACAGCAGAUAAAGAUCUCAAUAGAGAAUGACUACCUAGGCCCCAGAAGAAUUGAGAGUCUGCAAAAAGAAGAUGCCGCUUGGCAGAGAAAAGCCCACAUGGAUCCUAUCCCUGUGUACGAUCGAAUGCGAGCAGACCAGAAAAAAUUUGGUAAGGCAGCAUGGGCAGCAGCAGUGGAACGUAUGGAAAAGCUUCAGUAUGCAGUUUCUAAGGAGACACUGCAGUUGAUGCGUGCUAAAGAAAUCUGUUUGGAGCAGAAGAAACAUGCAUUGAAAGAGGAGAUGCAGAGCCUGAAAGGUGGUACAGAAGCCAUAGCCCAUUUGGACCAGUUAGAAGCUGAUUAUUAUGAUCUACAGCUUCAAUUAUAUGAAGUGCAGUUUGAGAUCCUGAAAUGUGAAGAGCUGCUACUUACAGCCCAGCUUGAAAGCAUCAGAAGACUCAUGUCAGAGAAGAGAGAUGAAGUGGUAUAUUAUGACACUUACGAAAGUAUGGAAGCCAUGCUUGAAAAAGAGGAUAUGGCAACAUCUGUACACUUGCAAAAGGAGGAGCUGCAAAAGUUACAACAAAAAAUCCGCCAGCUGGAAGCAAGGCGUGGACGUAUUUCAGCCAAGAAAGCCUACCUCAGAAAUAAGAAGGAGAUCUGUAUUGCAAAGCAUAAUGAAAAGAUCCAGCAGCAUCACCAGAGUGAGGAGGAAUACAAAAUGCACCAUACUGUUCAGCUAAAGCGAGAUCAAUUAAAAGAUGAAGAGGAAAGAAAGAGCUCCUGGGUUAGUCAGGAACGACAGAAAACACUGGACAGACUUCGCACAUUUAAACAGCGGUACCCUGGGCAAGUAAUACUUAAAUCAACCAGACUACGGCUGGCUCAUGCAAGAAGAAAAUGUGCAGCCAGCUCAGUGUCCUGUGUUGAUCAGCCUCGAUCUUUGCCAGCAACCAUACAAAUCCAAGAGAAAAGUGAAGAAGUGGAAUUGGAAAAUACAGUUCGGCCUUUGCAGGUGCAGGAAUCCACAAGCUUAGAACAACUUCAAGAUAUUUCAUUACCUCCCAAUGGUGUUACCUCUGAACUGCCUCAUGUUAGUACUUCUCCACUCACCAGUAAUGAGCUUCAACCAGAGAUUGUUACUGUAGUACCGCUUCCACCCCCUUUGCCCCCACCACCUCCACCUCCACCUUUGCCUUCCAAGGAAGAUGCCACCAAAUCCUUAGAGAAAAGCAACAGCUUCGUUAAACAUCAGAGUGAGGAGAAGGGAGUCCAGCACUCUUCUGGUGUCCCACCAGCACAUCUGUUUGACAGCAGCCAGCUAGUCAGUGCCAAGAAGAAGCUUAAGAAGACUGGUGAUCUAGAGGGUUUGCAGAGGAGAAAAGUGAGUUCCCCGAUGGAUGAAGUGCUGGCUUCCUUGAAACGUGGCAGCUUUCACUUAAGAAAAGUUGAGCAGAGAAGUCUCCCUCCUUUUCCUGAUGAAGAUGAUAGCAAUAACAUCUUGGCACAGAUCAGGAAAGGGGUGAAACUGAAGAAAGUACAGAAAGAUGUUUUGAGAGAAUCCUUUACAAUUCUGCCUGAUACUGACCCUCUGACAAGGAGCAUCCAUGAAGCAUUGCGACGAAUUAAGGAAGCAUCACCUGAAUCAGAGGAUGAAGAGGAGAGUUUGCCUUGCACAGACUGGGAAAAUUAA